CGAGAGAAAAGUCGGAUUACAAAAUCCGGAAUCGGGAAUUGUUAAGAUUCACGGAGCAGCGAGCAAUCAGGUUGGAGGCUUCGCCCGGGCCCCGCCAAGUCAGUCCUUCUGCCCACUCUUGUUGAUUGUCCCCGCGCGGCUGGAGACGUUUGAUGGCGGAACUCAACCGCUGUCUUAUGAUUCAGUGUUGGUUCAAUUAUAUCCAUUGUCAGCUUUAUACACAAUUUCCAGAAGAAAACUGAAUUGCGUUCACAGAGUUGAGUUGUGUUCUGUCGCUUAAGCCCCUUUUCUGCUGUCAUCAUGGGCGCAACAAAUUCCACCCAGCGAGAGACAAUUCUCAACACUCCCCGAGGCUCCCUUCGUGGCAUCACACAAGUAGAUCGCACUACAAGCCAACCGGUCUGCUCUCGGUACACCCGCAUUCCAUAUGCUCUCCCUCCGGCUGGUUCUCGAAGAUGGCGUCGACCAGUUUCACUUCCCGUUGACUUCUCUUUCAACGACUCGAGCUCAGGUGAACCUGGCAACUACACGGAAUUUGGAAAUAUAUGUCCUCAACCUGAGUAUGGACACUCGGCUGCAGUAUUGGAGAACGAGAAUGCAGUCAAGGAACCAGAGAAUAAACAGAGUGAGGAUUGUUUGUAUCUCAAUGCCUGGGUUCCGGCAAGCGACGCACCGAAAGGGGGAUGGCCAGUUCAAGUUUAUCUACAUGGAGGCUGGCUUCAAGUCGGAGACGCUAUGCAAAACGCCACCCAUGACCCAUUCGACCUCUUGAAAACCUAUCCUCGUAUCAUCGUCUCGCCAACUGACCGACUCAAUCUCUUCGGCUUCCUCGCCUCACCUGAGCUAGCUGAAGAAAGCGGUUCUAUCGCUUGUGGCAAUUUCGGAUUCUGGGACCAGCGCUUGGCCAUCGAAUGGGUUCACGCCAAUAUUUCUUUGUUCGGCGGCAAUGCAGACAACCUUACCGUAGGAGGAUUGUCCGCUGGAGCGAACUCUACUACUUUUCAGUUGCAUUAUGAUACUUACCGUCCUGCCAAGGAGAGGCUCAUCAAGCGCGUUUUCCUGUAUUCAAAUGCUGUCGGUAUCCAGCCUAAAGCUGUGACGUCUCCAGAAUGCCAGACGCAGUUCGAUGAGUUGCUUUCUGUGCUAGAUAUUUCGAAGUCUCUGUCAGGUCUGGAGAAGUUGGCUGCUCUCCGCUCAGUCCCAGAUCUUGAGUUGGUCUCAAAGAUCACGAUCUUGAAGCAACACACGUUCCGCCCAAGCACAGACGGAGAGUUUAUCUCCUCCAGCUUUUUGAAAAGUAUCCACGAUGGCUCUUUCACGACUCUAUUAGCUGAACAUGGCGUUAAAGUCCUUCUUGGUGAGGUCGCAAACGAGGAGAUGCUUUAUCGUCUCGUAAACCCCGCUUCUUCGCUCUCUAGCAUGGAGACGCAGCUGAACAACUAUUACCCCACAGCCGUGACUUCAGCAUUGGUCAAAGCAUACCCAUUACCGGAAUCGUCUGCCUCAGAAGAGGAAUGGCCUGAGAUCAAUGCCCGCAUUUUGGGCGAUUGUCAAGUCCAUGCUGUUAUUCGCGGCUUCGCGAAUUCACUGCUCAACCCACCAGCGGGCGCCACUCCACUUCCAAUUUCGUCAGUGUUCAGAUAUCGGAUCUCAUGGCGUGCAAAAGGUCUGGAUGAGUGGUUGGAUCCGAAGGUGCUGUGUUGUCAUGCCUGCGAUAUCCCGGUGUGGUGGUUAAGCGGUCAUCGUGCGGGAUUUGAGAUGAAAGAUGAGGAGACGGCUGAUGGGUUGUUGAAGCCGUUUUAUGAUUUUCUCAAGGGAGAUGAUCUGGAUUGGGGAACGAGCUCAAAGGAGGACAUCAGACAUGUGAAGCCCGAUGGAUCGGUUGUCGUGGAGAAGGAUGACAGAUGGGAUGAAGGGUUGAGGAUUUGGAAUGUCAUGGCUAAGGCUCAGGGGUUGUAGAGUGUGAUUGGAGAAGGGUAGCUGAGAGACAGUGGUGGACCAAUUGAUGCUAGACAUGUGAUAAUCUGAGGAUAUUUCAUCGCAACUGAUGGGGCUCGGCAAGAAGAGCGAUAAUCGCUUGAGAAACUUCGGACUCGCAAAUCUGGAAGUAAGAAUCAGAAGAACGGGUCUUGGAAUAACAUGCGGCACGAAGACCGGUUCUCAAGUAUAUAAGAAGGCCGAUGACAGCGGCAACUACUCCCAACAACUUCCUUCUCAUUUAUCAUAGCAUUUCAAGAAUAUCUUUUCACAAAUAUGUCCAACACAAACGGGGUUCCCAGGUCAAUUGAAUUCUAUGGUCGGAGCUACCGACUUCCUCGUCAACCCACAGUAAUUGUCUGCGUCGAUGGUUUUGAUCCCGAAUAUCUCGAACGAGGUUGCGCUGAUGGCAUUCUC